AUGCGAGAUGUGCGUCGUCGAGAGAGAAUCGCCGGUCUCAAGCGAGUCUCGAAGAAGGCGUCCAAGAAGCACGAAGUGGGAGCCGCCCUUGGUUCAACAGCUUCUGUCCAGCGCCAGACAGACGACCAGGAGGAGUCGGCAACAGGCGCUGUCGCAGACGUGAGGCCGCCGCCCUCAUGGGUCGCGUUUAAGAGCAAGGACGAAUCAAAGGUACUCUAUAUAUUCAACAACCCUCUGACGACCGCUGUAUACCAAACCCUAGAUCCGAUGGAUACUAUCAAGGGUUUUGAGGGAAUAGGCAAUGUCGUCGGCAACCUGGUACAUUAUAUCAACCAUUGCCUGAUACCCAUGACUUUCCCCAUUGAAGCCAGAAAAGAAGAAGAGACAAAGAAGCGGCUAGCCAUAAUGAGGGUUGCGGCUCUUUCAUCGUCUGCUUCUUUUUUUGCCCAGAUGACCCUCAGCGCCGCGCACAAAGCGAUCUUUGAACAGCAUCAUUCAAUAUCGCUGGCAGGCUCCGAUAAAGAUGAAGCUAUGCUACUAGACCCUACAUACUACGUUAUGAAGGCCAAGUGUAUAGCGGAGAUGAACCGGAAACUGCAAGACCCAGACCCGAUGAAAGCAGUCGAUGACACCGCAAUAGAUAUAGUGACAGGUCUUAUAUCUGCAACGUUAACACUAGCUUUAUUUGAAGAAGCCAGAGUUCACUGGCAGGGCAUGAAGAAAAUAGUUGACUACCGUGGUGGGAUUCUAAACAUGGCUGCGCAAGGCUCCCGUGGCAUAGGGGCCGUUUUAACGGAGAGAAUCGAACCUCCGCCAAACUCCCAACUACGUCACCUUAACAAAACAUUAUGCGCUAAUAAACACCUCAGCCCCAAGUUAAUCUCCCUCAUGCAAGAAAUCCGCCAUGUUUUUUUCUUUGAAAUCUUCAACCGUACAGAUGCCUCGGGACUUUCAGACAUAGAAUAUGAAAUGUUCCUCAUGAAGGCCCACGAGAUGGAAUACGAACUUUUAGACUACCCUUACCGCGCACCGGAGGCCCAAGGUGUCGCGGACAAGGAUAUAUUAAAGGACAACCCAAUAGAAUCCGUUGCUCGGCUUACUGCCUUAUCCUACUUCAACUCCUGCUUCGUUGUCUCCCCGCCUGAGUUUGGAACCGGAAGGGCAAUGACAAAACACCUGAAAGACGCCCUUGCUAAAUGUGUUGUGAAGCCACUAUCCGAACACUCGAAUGAAGAUCGCUCCUUGCUAGCCUGGGCGGCUUUCAUCAGCAUUUCUGGCGCGUGGGACCGGACGCUACGGAAAUGGCUGGUGGAAUUACUGCACGAUAUCAUUGUUUUACAGCACUGGCGGAGUUGGGAAGAAGUUGAGUCUGUGAUGCACGGAUAUCUUUAUGCUGGUCAGCUACAUGGCCAUAUUUGGAGGAAAAUAUGGCUCGAGGCUCAGUCUUUCAGCUCCAUCUGCGAGAUCGUUGGAUAA